AUGCAUGUGGCUUUACCGACGCUCAUUGCGGAACUGGUUGCAGGAGUAACUGCAAUGCGACAGCAGAGUGCGGAGAGUUCGCUGCUCCAGGUAAUUCUGAUUGUCCUAUUAAUGUCUGUUGCAGGUAAUUCAUUCGGAUACUGCGGUGUCACUUCCGAAUUCUGCGGCAACGGUUGCCAAAAAAACUCCAACGGUGGGGGUUGCGGCGAACCAGAUCGCCCAAAAUGCUCCGAGAAUACUGAUGCCAUGUCCUUUGAUCGACGUAUUGGAUAUUAUGAGUUGUUCAACAUCCAUAAAGGAUGCAAUGUGAUUGAACCAGAGAGUCUGAUCAUUGAGCCGUUUACUCAUAUCAACCUGGCCUUUGUCAACUUUGGUGACGAUUUCAAGUUGGAAGACGAGUACGGCGACGUUGUGGACCGGAUGUCGCUCUUGAAGUUUACCCACCCAGGGCUGCGGCUCAACAUCGCUGUUGGGGGGUGGGCGUUUAGUGAUGCUCCGACGCAGCACCUUUGGACUCAGAUGGCACGCUCAUAUGAGAAUCGUCAGACCUUCAUCAACUCAGUGGUCAAAUACCUGAAGGAUUACCACCUUGACGGUAUUGAUAUUGACUGGGAGUAUCCGUCCGCCUCGGAUCGGGGCGGAGAGCCUCAAGACACGGCGAAUUUUGUGACCCUUUUGGGUGAGCUGCGGGAGGCCUUCCAUCGCGAGAAUCCUGGCUGGGAAAUCUCGGCGACACUCCCAACGAGCUACUGGUACUUACGCGGAUUUGACCCUGCCGGAAUGGCUAAAUAUGUCGACUACUUCAACCUCAUGAGCUACGACCUGCACGGAAUGUGGGACCGUGACAUCAAAUGGACUGGUCCUUACCUUCAAGGCCACACAAACAUCACUGAGAUCGACCUCGGUCUUGAUCUUCUUUGGCGCAACGGCAUUGACCCAUCCAAGGUUGUCUUCGGCUUCGCAUUCUAUGGUCGCUCCUUUACCAUGGCGGACCCCAAUUGCUAUCAGCCUAAUGGCAAGUGCGAAUUCUCGGACGGUGGAAGACCCGGAUCAUGCUCUGACACCUCGGGCAUCCUGACAUACGCGGAAAUCGCGUCAAGGAACCACUCACUUGAUGUCCAUACGUUCUAUGAUCCGGAGACAACGGUUAAAUAUAAUGUUUACGAGGGGACGCAGUGGAUCUCCUAUGACGAUGAGCAAUCCUUUUUCGACAAGAAAAAGUUCAUCUCCAGCCGAUGCCUGAGCGGGUGGAUGAUCUGGGCCAUCGACCAGGAUGAUGGCGAUUUUGACGCGCUUGCCGGAGUGAUCGGCGAGGGCCUCUCAGCCAUGCAGAUGGAGGGUGGUGGCUUAUCGGGGGAUGCUGCUAACGCCUUGUCCGACGCCUUUGCCGCCUAUACUGGCCAAAACUGCUUCGUCACAACGCGCUGCACUGACGGCUCAAGUGGGGAAAAGAAACCCGACCAGGUGUGCCCAUCAGGAUACAUGUCGGUCAGCACUGCGCACAAUCCCCUGCAGGCGGGCAAUAAGGAGCUCCAUGGCGACUGCUCCGAGGGAUGGUACCGGCACAUCUGCUGUCCCGAGGAUGCCAUGCCCAAGAACUGCGAAUGGAACGGUGCGCCCGAGCGAAGCGAGUUCGGCUGCGACGGCAAAUGCGGGAGCAAUCAGUUCAAAUUGAAUUGA